AUGAGUGAGGAGGAGGGGUUUUCGCCCUCCCAAAAAUCCCAGACAGGGCAAGAACAUCCUUCAGCUUCUUUACACAAGCUCGCCAACAGGAAGCCUUUGCUUCAACCCGUCCCUCCACGCAGGCCCCCCUUCUAUCUCCUCUUGUCUCCUGUGUCUCCUCUUCCCUACCAUCCGGCUGCAGGGACAGGUCUUCCUCGUCCUGUCGGAUGCUUCCUUCCCCAUUCCACUCACCGAUCUGCAUGUCACGUUGGACCACAUGCUGACUGGUGCAGCGAAUGGUUUGAUGAUACGGAGGGCGGUAAUGGGCCGUGGAGUCUUUUCCCGCCCGGUUCCUACAAGAAAUGCCCUAGUCCUGCGACUAGUCGCCUAGUCUUGCUAGUCUACGGACCUGACGGAGGAGGCUGCGACGAAGAGUCCACCCGUGCUGCCUCUGGGCUUCAGUCAGGGCUUCCCUCCUUUCUUUCCUUUCCCACCCCUCUUGGUAUUUUUCCCUUGUCGACUCUCUUUUUAUCCCCUGCUUGCUUUUUCCUAUUCGGUUGUGACCUUGUUUGUCUCCCUUGCAGAAGACUGACCCCACUGCUACACACACUAACGGACUCGUACAUCGUAUGGAUCCUUCGUGUGAACCACGUCGUCUUUUUCCCCCUCUUCUCUCCCCUUCUGUCCCCCCCAUGUGCCAUUGCGGCUGCGUCACCCACCUUGGGCCGAUGGUGGCCCUUGUCUCUCCCUCCUGGCGCUCGUGUCACAUCCCUGAGUGGAAGAUCCCACGACAACGCCCAACGGACUUGGACAUAG